AUGCCUCCCAAGUCGGGUCCUUCCAAGGGUAAUCCUCGCGGUGGUGUCACCGAUGAUCCUUUGGUAUGGAUCGACUGUGAGAUGACGGGUCUUAAUCCGGACGUGGAAGAAAUCAUUGAAAUUUACUGUGUUUUGACAACAGGCAACAUGGAGCUCAUCGACGAGGAGGGCUUCCAUGCCGUUAUCCAUUGGCCAGAGUCACGAAUGAACCAAAUGGAUGAGUGGUGCACAAAAACACAUGCUGGCUCAGGACUGACUGCCGCUGUCUUGGAAUCGGACCUGACUCCAGAGGCUGCGGCGGAAGGACUGUAUGAAUACAUUACUAAAUUUAUUCCCGAACGGAAGAAGGCGCUGUUGGCUGGAAACAGUGUCUAUGCAGACCGUGGUUUCCUGCGCAAAGAGCCGUAUACAAAGGUUAUGAAGCAUUUGCAUCAUCGCAUCCUUGAUGUGAGUGCGAUCAAGGAAGCCGCAAGGCGAUGGUGUAGCGAGGACAUUCUCGCAAAUGUACCCGUCAAAAAGGCCAAGCACAAGGCAAGAGAUGACAUUUUGGAGAGCAUUGAAGAAGCCAAGUACUAUCGCAAUGCAAUCUUCAGGCGAGGAGAGUGA